AGGGAGCACCCCACCACUGCAACUCCCGCAGAAUCACCCUCCACUUCCGUUCGGAAUGGUAGCCACUCCUCUCAGCCUCUGUUGAUACUUCCUCCUCGCGCGUGUAUCUCGUCAGUCGGCUCGGAGCCACGUGCGUGUGCUCGAGAAGCUCUGUUACGAGAGUCUUCGCCAGGUCUUUCGCGAUCGAAAUCAGACUUCCUGGUCGUCGAUCGAUCCCAAUCUUCCCCGAACAAACAUUUCUGGACACUUCCGCGCGGAACAAUUACCGAGAAAAUUGGAAAAAUUCGAUCGUUUCGCGUCACUGUGCGCGAAUACCCUAUCGAUCAAACCUUUCGAACGAAAGGACGAAGAAUCGAUCGAUCGAUUGAACGAUUCGCGAGUAAGAAUUUGCUUGGAAACUCUCGAGGACGAAUCUUGUGAAAGAGUCGGUUGUGUUUUCUGUAAACGUCGAGAAAGAAAAGUAUGGAGUCUAACUGGAGGACGCGAAGCGUUCGGUGUAAUAUGUACCGAUUCGUCCGCGUCGUCGGCUCAGACAGCGAGAACGAACCGCGCCGUCUCGACGGUGCGACGUCUCGUGUCUAAAACGACCAGGAAACCCAAACUCAAAGACAGAUGGUGGAAGCAGGGAGGACUAAAAAUAUCGGCCGUUGGCACGCCGUUGGCUCGCUGUACUUCAACUUGAACGAUUUCACCGGCUGGAGAACGGAGCGUUCCAUGGCCGAGCGUCGGCUUUAAUCACACCGAGAACUCCCAGACCGCGAGCCAUUCGAAGGGAGGAUUCUCGAUGUUGCGCGCGGUCGACUCCCUUGGGGGAUCUCGUCGCGAGAUUUACUCGGUGCUAGUUCUUGUCGUUGAUCGUUGGAUUCCAAACACGAGGCUCCGCAGGCUAUAGCAGCGGAUAGAAAAUAAAAAUAAAAACGUGGCAAACGGCCCGAAGAAAGCUGAGCCCGUCGUCUUGAAACCAACAGCCUCGAUAAAUAUCUGUCUUGGCGCGGCGAAACUUGGAACGAUCCGUUUCUUUGGAAAGCUGGAGCAUGGACAGAACGGGCAGGCUACAGAGGAUCAACAGCAGGAAACCAGGAGCGGGACUCGAGCGAUCGCCCUGAAGCCUCCGGUUCCUGUUGGCUCGCGGAUGACACGCGAUCAUCGUCAUCGAGGGAAUCAAUCGUAGCCGAGUUCUUUCGCCGAUGGUGUUUUACGGCGCGGUUGUUUGAAAUUCUUCGCGCAGAGUCGCGGCCAUAUUUAUUGACCCGCGCGGUGUGCGUACGCGCUCGCGAGUUCACGCACGUAGAAUCACGCGCACGCCUCCUCGCGAAGAGGCCGAAGGAAGUCAGAGGGACGAACGUAGACGAGCAGACGAGCAGACGAGCAGAGGAGGAGCGAGCGAGAGGCAUCGUGAAAACGAAGCUGACCGUGGUUCGUCGACGAGGUUCCACGGAGGGACGAGCACGCGGCACGUCGCGAUCAUGAAGCGAUGCAUCCGCAACAGGAGCAUCGGCCCGUUUCGUCGACCAACUGUCUACGCCGGCUGCCCCCACUGGGAGUUAUCGACUUACCGGGCAUGAUCGGUCGCCUGCCAGGCCCGAACGCAUUUUUUCGCAUCGUACUUCUCUUUCUGACCAUCGGAACUGUCCUCUGCGUCAAUCAUACCUCGAAUGGGAACAGAACAUUCGUGACCGACGAGUACGAUAAUACAAGCUGGAUACGUGUGAACGUUCAAGAUUCUGUUGCGGAACAUGUGUCGAAAAACAGAUCCACGAAACUGUUCUUUACAAACUGGAGCGAAUGGUCGGUGUGCGACCGCCAUUGCACGCAGAAUCGCGUUCGAAGGUGUAGAGCGAAAAAUAAAUGUGGAUCCACGAUACACAGGGAAGAACGUACCUGUCGACACAACAGAAAGGGUAGAUGGAGACGAUGCAAGCAACGACAGAGGCGAGGACAUAGGCGAAAGGAUAAAUUCCACGUAGUACAGUUGCCUAAGAAGGAAGCUGAGCCUAGACAAGGGGAACGAAGAGGCAAGGAUGUCAAAGAAAAAUCGGUAGGCCAUUAUGGAAAAUGGAGCAAAUGGUCACCUUGCACGAGGCUGUGCACCACUCAACGUCACAGGUGGUGCAAGAAACCCGGAAUCUGCGGGCGCGACGUAAUAAGAGAGACCGCAUAUUGCUACGUGGAGGGUAGUUUCUGCCAAAGAUGGAUACACCGAAAGAUUCGGGAGAGUCAAGAAGAAGAUAGCGACGACAUAGUUUUGGACGAGUUCGAGUUGAAUCCCAACACUGUCGACAGUUUUCUUCCCGAGAAGAGUGCACACUCUUGGAAGUGUGGACUGCCGAGCACUCAAAAGAAUUCUCGAUUGUCUUAUUUUAUGAGGAUCAUUGGUGGACGUCCGGCAAUUCGUGGAAGUUGGCCUUGGCAGAUCGCCGUAUUAAACAGAUUUCGUGAGGCCUUUUGUGGAGGUACUUUGAUCUCGUCGAGAUGGGUAUUAACUGCGGCUCAUUGCAUCAAAAAACGUCUUUACGUUCGCAUUGGGGAACACGAUUUGACGGUGAAAGAGGGCACCGAGUUGGAGUUGAGAGUGGAUUCGGUUACGAUACACCCUGAGUACGAUGCCGAUACCGUGGAUAAUGACGUAGCGAUGCUGCGACUUCCAAUAGCAUUGACUCCGUCUCCGUCAAGAGGAAUUGUUUGUCUUCCUGCUCCUAACCAGCCUCUGCCUGUUAAUCAACUAUGUACCAUCAUUGGUUGGGGAAAAUCGCGAGUCACCGAUCAUUUUGGCACCGAUGUUCUUCAUCAGGCUCAGAUACCAAUAGUGUCCGCGGAAGCGUGUCGUGACGUAUACAUGGACUACACGAUCACGGACAACAUGUUCUGCGCUGGUUAUAGACGCGGAAAAAUGGACUCGUGCGCAGGAGACAGCGGAGGUCCGCUCCUUUGCCGAGAUCCCCGAAAAUCUGAUCAUCCGUGGACUAUUUUCGGCAUUACCAGUUUUGGCGAAGGAUGUGGAAAGCGGGGAAAGUUCGGAAUAUACGCCAGACUGUCGAAUUAUGUUCGCUGGAUUGUCAGAGUGAUGAAGGAAACUGACGAGUUUGUUUAACGAAUUACAGACACGUGUACGUCUUCCUGUCCAAUUGCUGUGCUCCGAGUCAAUUAUUCAUAAACUCACGUUGCUAAGAACAAUCUAACAGGAAUCUAUUUUAGAGCUAUCGAACCGAUCGUUGUAUAUUUUCUUUAAAAUUCCCAUCGUUUACUUGUCCUCUCUAACCAAAUCGGUAGGACUUGUAUGAAAUUAAAAACGACCGUUCCAUACAACAACUCGAUAAGAUAAAGAAGUCGACGACAAAGAGAAAAGCUUUAUUUUCAACAAAUUAAAGGUUUACACGGCCCAACGAUCUA